AUGGUUAGAAUCAGAGGAGGAUCUACUAGUGCCGGACGAUCCUUUAGGCUUAGGGAUGAAGACAUUGAAAUCAUGGAACCACCUCCUGUGGCACCCAAAAAGAAGAGUGUAACCCGUGGUGGUAAGGUGAAGCAAACUGCCCAAAGAAAACUGGAUAUUCCAACUGCUGAAUCAUAUGAUGAACAGUUGGAAGAACAGAGCUCUGAAGAAAACAUUGCUGGUGGAAACGAGGAACCAGAACAGGCUGUCCGGGGUGAUAAAGCUGUCACAAGGUCCUCUGCUAAAAGAAAGAGGAAGUCUCCAAGGACAAGAACUGAGGCUCAAAAUGUAGAGGCAUCUGCCACACAAACCUCAAACAGGAAACGUUCUGGAAAGAAUCCUGUGUCUCAGCUAGUAGAAGAACCCACUCCUCUUCCAAAAUUCAUUGAUGAUGAAGCUAGAGAUAGAUUUGAAAACCUUCUUGUCCCUCCAAUACCUGAGAGCAAUGUAAAUGAGCCAAGAACUGAGCCUACAGGACCAACUACUGGUGCUGAGACUACACUAGCUUCCAGUUCUCAGUCCAAGGAUAAAGGCAAGGCUCCAGCAACUGAGGAAUCAGAUGAAGAUAGUGAUGAAGAAACUGAGGAAGAAGAGGAUCCUGCACAGUAUCGUCUGGCAAGGAGAAGGCUUGGAUCAUCUAAAAUCACCAUCUAG